CACCGUUGAAGUCCUACAUGUUUUAUUACACAACAAUAAACCAUUGUCGAAAAUGUUGGGCAACGGCCUCCCAUUGAGGCGCCUGGCUGGAAGGGUCCCCGCUUGCCCACGACCCAGAUCGACAUGGACGCGGUCGUUGCUCACCGAAGCUCACGCCUUCGGACCGACGGAGCCUCCAUUGUUCGAGCAGACGGUCCCCGAGCACUUUGCCACGAUCGUUUCACGACACGGCGAUCGUAACGCCGUCAUAUCACGGCACCAGCAAGCCACGCUCACAUUCGACCAGCUCGAUCGGAAAUCCAACGCGCUCGCUCGAAGUCUCCAAAGCAUAGGCAUCAAGAGAGGUGAUCGUGUAUCCGUCUCUCUCGGCAACAGCAUCGAGUUUGCCGUCGCGACCUACGCCGUUUUCAAAUUGGGUGCGAUACUGAAUCCUUUGAACCCAAGCUUCAACGCUACCCAGGUCGUGAACGCGCUCAAACACUUGGAGACGAGUCAUCUCAUCGUCAGCACGGAGACGAAGCUCAUCAGGAAGCCCCCGCGAAGCAAUGUAUCGCUUCUGCAGCACAUCGUACCGGGAAUUGCGGGUUCAAGGAUCGAGUCCGAAGCGGUGCCGACGCUGCGAAAUGUCGUCCUCGUUGACAAUUCGGCGGGUCGGAUAGAUCCCGACGAGCUUCGUGCAACGAUCCCAUUCGAAUAUCUACAGGAGAUGUCGGGUUCGCAGGCGCUACCUGAUCAGCAGCUUCACAAAGACGACGUAGUCAAUAUUCAAUUCACAUCUGGCACCACCUCUAUGCCCAAAGCAGCGUGUCUGACACAUCGCGGGAUCCUGAACAACGGCGCGCAGAUCGGCGCGCGAAUGCUACUUACACCUGCGGAUGUCGUCGUCUGUCCUCCUCCACUGUUCCACUGCUUCGGAUGCAUCUUGGGCUACAUGGCGACAGCCACCCACGGAGCAGCGAUCUGCUUCCCAAGCGAAGUCUUCGAUCCCGAGGCCUCGUUGCGGGCCGUACAGGAGUACAGAGGGACGGCAUUGUACGGCGUCGCAACCAUGUUCCUCGCGGAGCUGCAGCUCCUCGCGGAUGGCACCGUCCCGAACCAGGGGUUUGAACACCUGCGCACUGGGAUCGCUGCGGGAAGCAGCGUGCCCGCCGAGCUGAUGCGCAAGCUCCACAAGACUCUGAAUCUCCACGAGCUGACCAUAUGCUACGGAAUGACCGAGACGAGUCCCGUCAGCUUGAUGACGAGAACGGACGAUCCGAUUCAGAAGCGGAUCGACACCGUGGGCCGGCUUCUGCCGCACCUAGAAGCUCGCAUCGUAGAUCCCAGCGACCAUUCGAGGACACUCGGCCUCGACGAGAAGGGCGAGCUCGCGGUGAGCGGGUACAGCGUCAUGAAAGAGUACUGGGGCGACCCCGAGCGAACGGCCGCCAGCAUGCUCGUAGACAGCACCGACCCCACCCGCCGGUGGAUGCUGACCGGCGAUGAAGCCACCAUGGAUGCCGAGGGUUACGUGACGAUCACGGGCCGCAUCAAGGACAUCAUCAUCCGUGGCGGCGAGAACAUCCAUCCCCUCGAGAUCGAGAACUGCUUGAUCGCUCACGAUGCCGUGCGCGAGGCCAGCGUCGUGGGUCUGCCAGACGCUAAAUAUGGCGAGGUCGUUGCGGCGUUCAUUGUCCGAAAGCCGGAUUCCGAAUUCUCGGCGCGGAACGCACGGGAUUGGGUGCGGACGGAGCUCAGUGGACAUUUAGGUGAGUUGAGUUGCCAAAGGAAUGGUUCUGCGCUCUGGUGCCCCCACCUCCUCCUGCACCUGCUGAGGGUCCUGCUCGAGAAAGCUCUGUGAAGCACUCCACUGAUGUCUUCGUGCAUUCCAGUCCCGAAAUACGUGUUCUGGGUUGAAGAUUACCCCAAGACGGCAAGUGGUAAGAUUCAAAAAUUCAAGCUGCGCGAAGAUGGUGAAAGACUCUUGCGCGAGGGCCAUGGCCUUGAUUAGCGCGUUAUG